UGUUGUAUUUCUCUUUCCGGACGGCAUUUGUUGAUUAGAAUUGCCCAGACCCACGUGAUCUUAUUUGAGAACUAAACAACGAUGAACACUGGAGGCGGAUUUAACUUCAAAGGAUUUGGAACUCCAGCGUCAGGUGCUCCUGGGGCAACGGCUGCCACAGCAGCAACACCCACUUUCGGGACGGCCGCUCCUGCAACUGGCUUGACCUUUGGGGGGUCAGGGGCUACUCCAUCUCUGGGGGGCUUGGCUGGGGCUGCUGCCUCUCCUUUGGCAGGGUUUGGUACACCUGCAUCAACCAAGCCCCCCAGCCUCUUGUCUCAAACCUUAGGAACUAACGCAACCAAAUCUACUGGCUUCUCUUUUGGGGGCGCUGCCACUCCAGCAACAAGCACGGCAGCCCCCUCUCUCCUCGGAACUCCAGGAGGGUUGCUAGGAUCAGCAGCUUCUGGUGGAAUAGGAACAGGAACACUUGGUGGGACCCCUGGGACAUUGGGGUCUCCUGGUCUCUUUGGGACAGCCACUGCAGCUAAAACACAAGUCAACACUGGCUUCAGUUUGUCGGCCUCUGCUACUACAGUUGGGGCAACAGGUCUCACAUUACCUGGAGCCAAACCCAACACUGCCACAGCAGCUUCUACCGGUAGCCAGUCGACAGGGUUCAGCUUUGCUGCCAAAGUUACAACUCCAGCAGCAACCACAGGAAGUACCGCUGCAGGAUUUGGUUCCCUAGGCACUGCCGGCCUGGGGGGUAAGAUGCCAACUGGCCUCGGGGUAGGGGCAACGGCAGGACUUGGGGGUGGGGCAACGACAGGACUUGGGGGUACAGGAACAAGUGUCUUUAGUAACAUCUCUACCAAACCACAGACGACAGGACUUGGAGGAGUUGAUCCAAAAACCUCACAAGCUGCUGCAGGUGGAACAGCAACAGAUGCUAAGCCCGGGGAUGGUAAGGCUCUGAAGAAGACUUUUAUCCCUGAGGCCAUUGUGCUAACAGUGGAGGACUUCAAGAAGUAUGUUAAAGAGGAAAAAUCAGUCCAGGAUGGACUAGCAAGGAUGUCAUCAAAGCCGAUGUAUAAAGUCCAGGAAGAUGUGAUGGCUCUGAAGCAGCUUCUCUCUGUUGUGUCCAACGGUGUCCAACGAAACACCUGUGCUGUGGAGAAACUGAAGAGGGAAAUGACACAGGAACUUAAGCAUGCAGAGAUGGCUCAGCGUACAAAGGACAUCCCACCUGGUCUGCAGUACGAGAAUACAGCCCCAACAGAAUACUUCCAGCACCUUGUUGAGGACUUUGAACACCAAAUGCUGCUAUAUAGACAACAGAUAGAGACUCUGGAGGGCCACCUGGCGUCCUUGCAUCAGCCCAGUAAACUGUCACCUGAGGAGUUGAUUGUGUUGAUGAGGAAGUUACAUGAAGCAUUCAUUGCUUUAGCAGCACAGCUACAUCAUGUCCAUGAGGCAGUCAAGACGCAGAAAGAUCACUACCUCAACUACAGGAAGAUUUACCUCCAUGACGGUAAGAAUAUCUUUGACCGUGAGAAAAAGGCCACAUCAAAAGCCCAUCUCCACCCUGUCACCCAAAUGGGUCCAAGCCCCUUCUCUGACAUGUCAAACGCUGCUGCAAUCGCCAUGGCAUCUGCCCUGUCAAGGUCACAACAACCAACAGUAGCAGGUCCACCUGUGGCUGGACUGACGGGAACAGGAGGUUUCUUUACAAACACCACGACAACCCCGGCCACUGGGUUUGGAUUUGGGACCAACACAGUGACACAGUCCAGCACAGUGCCAGGCUUCGGUUUGGGUACGUCUACGUCAUCAUCGUUCGGACUUCUCGGUUCUAAAGGCUUUGGGACUGCUGCCACAGCUGUAGCUCCCUCUGGUAUUGGAGGUUCAUUGUUUGGUGGCUCCUCUUUUGGCGGCUCCAAUACGACCGGCAUGGGGGGCACUGCCACCGUCAGACCUCUAGGUUAGUGGUGGUUUCGGAAUAACCCCUCAGCCCCUUGGCGGGUCGUCCGGAUUUAACCUGAGUACCACCCAGCAGACUCCUGGGUUGACGUUUGGAAACACGCCUGCCUUUGGAGUGGCGGCGCCAAAUGCAGAAGCUCCUUUCCAGCUCAACAAACCCCCUCCUCCUGGUAGUAAGCGUGGGAAAAGAUGAAGAAUCUGAACAGCACAGAAAAUACCUAGACAUUGGACCUAGUAUUUGAUAAACUGUGUUUAGUUUACUCUUGGUAUCACCUAUUUACAUCGUUUUCAUGGACAAAAUGUGAGAAGUUAACAUGACGAGGAAAGCUUCUAGUGAAGAAACACUACAUACUGGCAUUCUCGUGACUGCUAGGUCAUCAUGAUGUAUUUUUCCACAUAUACAAGAAAUAUAACACUGCGUAGAGCAUGUGAUUGUGGAAGUUGUUUCAUUGUAUACUUCACUGUAAAUAAAAAUAACAUUGUA